AUGGCAAAGCUACCAACCCAUUUCUUCACUUGCAUUUUCUUCAUUGUUCUUGCCUUACAAUAUUCAUUCCCAGCAACAUCUCAAGAAGUCGAGCAUGAAGGUGAGUUUGAUUAUAAAGAAAAUAGUGAAAAAGGGCCAGCAAGAUGGGGAGAGAUUCAUCCAGAAUGGAGUGCAUGUAGCAAUGGAUCCAUGCAAUCUCCCAUUGACAUGUCGAAUAAAAGAGUUAAAAUAGUGUCCCAUCUAGGGAAGCUUAAGAGAAGCUACAAGCCAAGCAAUGCCACCCUAAGAAACAGGGGCCAUGACAUGAUGUUGAAAUGGGAAGGUGAAGCAGGAGCUAUAGAGAUAAAUGGUACUGAGUAUGCACUCCAACAGUGCCAUUGGCACUCGCCUUCCGAGCACACCAUCAAUGGCAGAAGGUAUGAUUUAGAGGUGCACAUGGUUCAUCAAAGUGCAGAUGGCAAGGUUGCUGUAGUAGGGAUAAUGUACAAGAUUGGAAGACCAGAUUCUUUCCUGUCUUCGUUGGUGGAUCAUUUAGCAGCCAUUACUGAUGUCACGGAAGGCGAGAGAGUGGUGGGUGUGAUCGAUCCUAGACACAUCAAAAUUGGCAGCAGAAAAUAUUACAGAUACAUCGGCUCUCUUACUAUUCCUCCUUGUACUGAAAAUGUUGUGUGGAGCAUUGUCAGAAAGGUGAGGACUGUAACCAGGGAGCAAGUGAGAUUGCUUCGUGUGGCUGUUCAUGAUACUUCAGAUAGUAAUGCAAGGCCACUGCAAUCAAUAAACAAUCGAUCAGUUCAACUCUUUCGACCAGCUGAUGAGGAAGAGAAUUAAAAUCUAUGCAUGAAUGAGUUUGAUUAGACAAUUCGGCAGCUAAAAUUUAUUGUUAUUCA